GUAAUCACGUGCUGAAGGCAAAGAAACUGAGCAGGAUGUGGGCAUUUGAGCAGGCAUUUCAUAGUAAUCAUGCUUUCAAGCUACAUGAUCAAUCAAGACUACCUGGUGACGUGAAUGGGACCUUGGCCUUGGGCCAUGGAGGAAGGAAUUCGAAACUGGACAGUGUUUUCUCCGUCAUGGUUGAGCCAAAAUAUGAGAUGUUUUUCAACACCGGAAUUUCCGGUGGAAACGGAAUCCGUUUCCCAAAUUGGUUCCAGAUGUUGGUGAAGACGUCUGUCUUUUUCGGAGUGGAUUCCGCGCCAAAUCGGUGGACGCGUGCGGAUGCUGUGAAGCGUAAAGUCCCAGGAAAGCUGGGUGUUGAGUCACAUCCGUCUGGUCCCCUGAGGGGCUGGAUGUUGCAGAGUGCGGAAAUCGGGUGGAACAUGGAAAUGCCAAAAUGUGUUGGCACUUUUAAAAUCAAUGAGCAGCACAAGAGGGAACUGGAGUGUCAAAAUAUCAUGAAUGCAUUUCAAAAUCGACCAAAACGAAUAUUGGAUUGCUUGAGUUCCUGGAAUUCCUUUGCAUUAGAAGUGAUGUUGGAUCAGAAAUCGUUGGUGUUAUGGGGCCUGAUGGUCGUCGCCUUGACCUCGUGCUUUGGAGUUUCUAACGCACUCAAAGGACUCAUCGAAAAAGAUUAUGCCGAGGAUUUGAUGGCAGAAGAAUCAUCUGCCAUUGGUAUGUAUAUACAAUAC